GUGUCCUUCUGUGGGGACUAGUGACAGUAGCUCAGAUUUUGAGUGUGUGUUUGUGAAUCUAACGUUCAGGAUACAGAGAGUUUUUUUAGGAGCAGAGGGCAGGUGCCUUCACAUGUUUGUGCCUGCAUACAGAGGGUUCAGGAGUGUUUAUCUGCAGAGUAAGGGGGGCUGGUGUGUGUGUGGAGUGUCGUGUAUGUGUCGGGAGAUUUUUUUAGGGUAGCAUGCCAUGUGUACCAGUGCUCUCUUCGCUUGGCUCUUGUCUAUGCUGGUGCUCUGCUCCGAAGCUAGGAAAGACUAUCCAAAGAAGACCAAAGAAAGAAGAAUACCAUUAGAUCAUCAAAAGUCCAUUAGAGAAGCUAUAAACCCAAACAAAAUUUGUUUGGACCUAUCUGACAGCUCUGAUGUUGUCUUUGUGUCGUGGAGGAACCCUAACCGUGUAGUAGGAGACCACUGCUAUGAGAGCACACUACAAUACAGGAACCACUGUGACACGGACUGGCAGGAGUUCUCCUACCAGGUGGACAAGCCAGACAGGAAGAGGAGAUAUUACUUCAGGAUACGGAUGAGAUACGACUGUCUGUUUGGUGACCUGAAGACUUGGAGUGGAUGGACACCAACUAGAUACUGGAGAAAUGAGACCGAGACAGGUCCCUGUGCCACAGAGAUAAAUGCCAUUGUUUAUGUUGUGACCAUUUUACCUUUGUUGAUAUGUUUCCUGCUGAUAGUCACUUUCUCACAGAAAAGGCAAGUGGUAAAGUCUAUUCUAUUCUGCAAUGAUAUGCUAACGAUUAAAGAGCAAUUUAGAAUUGUGUAG